GAGGGUUAUACGCGUAUUUUUAAAACAUUUCAUAAGUUAUUUCUUGAUGUUAUUGUAUAAUUUUUAAUGUAAUUGUGACGAUAAAUGUGAUAAUUUCUAUUUUGAGUGACGGCCAUUUUGUUUUGGCGGUGAAUUUAAAAUGUCGGAAGAAGCAGUCAAGUUAGCUAUAUCGACGGAGCGGAUGAUAUUCCUAAUUAAGGAUAAGUCAUGUAUAUGGGACAGAAUGGAUCCCAGUUAUAGAGACAAAUUCUGCAGAGAGAAAGCUUGGUACGAAAUAUACAAGGAAUUGUACCCGACUUUCGACAAUUUAAAAGAAGGACAGAAAAUACGUAUUGGUCAACAAAUAUCUAAAAAAUGGUUCAACAUAAGAGACGCGUACGUGAAAUCAAUAAGGGGUCCAAAAAGACGACCGUACAUAUAUUCCCAGGCUAUGUCUUUCUUAGACCCAGUCAUUUUGGGGGACAGACAAGACGCUCAAGAUUAUUUAGAAGAACAAUCCAUGGACGGUGAACCAGAGAUUUGGUUGAACGAAUCAUCGUUUGUAGAUGUUGAUGUUAAUGAAUCUCAAGCGAAGAAACCUAGACACGAAUUAAAAGAAUAUUUAGAUGUAAGCGAAAAUGAUACAAUUGUUAAUAUAUUUAGUAAAAUGAUAAAUAGAGAAGAGGAUGAAGACAGAGCUUUCUUCACAUCGAUAACGCCAACUGUCAAGACGCUAACCGAUAGUGCUAAAAUUGAAUUCAGGAUAGAGGUCAUGAAAUUGUUACAGAAAUUGAAAAAUGAUACGAACAAUGAAAUUGUUAUUAAAACCAAUGAUUCUGAUAACGAAUAAAAACAUUGACUUUGAAUAAUUUCGUAUUGAUUUAGGAAAUGUAGAUAUAUUUGUCUGAUCUCAGGGAAUGUUUAUAUUGUUAGAGACAAAUUAUAUACGUAAGUAACUAAUUUAUUUAGGUUAAUACUUUAAGGAAAUAUAUUGAUAGAUUAGAAGAUUUAUAUAUUUAUGUUAGGCUCAUUUAGAGAAAAAAACAGUACGCAAUGUUAUGCGUACAGAUCAUGCCUCAUGCCACAACAUGACUCGUUGUGGCAAACACAGAAAGACCACAUAGUUAAAUUCGUAUCGUGACUAUCAUACAACUUAACCACAACGCUUUGUGUCAAUGAUAGACAGGUAGGUUGUAAAUUUGUUGACUCGGAGUGUGCAGAUCAGAGGCUACCUUCGAUUGAUCUGUUUUUUCGUUUAAUGUGCGUUUUAGUUCGUUGAGCCAAAAAUGCACAGGGACUAUGCUCAGCGUGGUCAUUGAAAAUUUUAAUCCUCAUAAGAAAUUUGUAUUUGUUUGGAAUCUGAUAAAGGCAUUAUCUUACAACACAAUAGAACCUAUUACGCACGGUGAUUAUUUACAAAAAUAUUUGACAAAUUCUACUCACAAAGUGACACUUUAUGGUAAAUGAAUCGAAACAUUAUACCGUCUAACUGUUUUCCUAUUCUCCUAACAACAAUCCAGUUGCGGUUCGGUCGAAGUUUGUUCGGUGUAUCAUCGGGAACGUAUCCGUUAUUAAUUAGUAGCAUUGAGACCUGAUCAUAGUUGUCCACAUGUUAAGUUACUUUAACGCACGUCCUCUAAAUAUUAAAAUAAUUGUACUAAUUUUAUCAUUCUAACUUUAUGGUAUAGCACAAUUGAGUUCCGCCUCGAGUUUAAAUUAGUUCUGACGGAUUAGUUCAAAGCAAAACUAAUACAUUUAACGGGAGACUAUUUUGAGUGAAAUUGAUGUUAAUAAUACAUUUUGAUGAGUUUUUUUUUUUAAUAACUGAAAAAACAUACAUGUAACAUAUACAAGAUGGUGCAGUGC